AUGCAAUGGGUCGAUUCGUUCGCUCUCGUACCUGCAGCUCGUACCCGCUUACUAAAUGCAUUGGCAUUGGUAUUAUUCAAACACACACGCGUUACGGGUGAUCCGAACUUUGAAGGCACUGCAAAGUUUCGAUGCUCGUUCACUUGUGCGGGAGAGCAUGUGGUCCAAGUGAAAAUACUCGGUGAAGGCAAGGGGCUCGUGAAAACGGAGCACAAGCCAUCGAUCCGACACCAAAAUUCUCUUCUCUGUCAAACCACGCGCCUUCUUCCAAAGAAGCUGCUCUUAACAAGCAAGUACGCAGGCCCAGUACAUCCCCAGCGCCAGUCCCAAGAUCCAAUCCAAGAAGCGAGUUGCAUCGAUGGAACCCCUUAUCGCCUCGAAUUCGACCCACGGAUCAUAUCAGGCCCAGGGAUAGCGAAGAGCGAACUCGGGUGUCACGGAAUGGUUUACGGUCCAGGAGAGCGUUUGGCUCGGACUUUUCGGUGCAUCACCGCGAGAGUAAGUGCUACGUGGUACUGGAUGGUCUUCCAACACGGACACGAUGCUCCUGCAACAUUAAGCGAGUCUUCCGCAUGGAUAGAGCGGCUAGCUCCUGUUGGCCCGGGGAUUCCCCUCGCAUCCGAGUCCGAGUCCGCGUGA